UCACUUGAUCAUCUGCUUAGUGUUCAAGUCCUAAGAAAAAUGUCUGGACGUGGAAAACAGGGCGGCAAGGCGCGCGCCAAGGCCAAGACACGCUCCUCCCGCGCUGGUCUCCAGUUUCCAGUCGGCAGAGUGCACCGCCUGCUCCGCAAGGGCAACUACGCCGAGCGGGUCGGGGCCGGCGCGCCCGUCUACCUGGCGGCAGUGCUCGAGUACCUGACGGCCGAGAUCCUGGAGCUGGCGGGCAACGCGGCGCGCGACAACAAGAAGACGCGCAUCAUCCCGCGCCACCUGCAGCUGGCCAUCCGCAACGACGAGGAGCUCAACAAGCUGCUGGGCAAGGUGACCAUCGCGCAGGGUGGCGUGCUGCCUAAUAUCCAGGCCGUGCUGCUGCCCAAGAAGACCGAGAGCCACCACAAGGCCAAGGGCAAGUAAAAGCCUGCAGCGGCGCCAACAAGUUGAAACCAAAGGCUCUUUUCAGAGCCACUAACUUUUUUACUGAAAGGGCUUGCAUUUUUUUUUUUAUGCAAGUAGUUGAAACUGAAAUUUACUGUGCUUUGCUAGUAGACGUCGGUACUUAAAUAACCCCAUAAACUCGAAGUUAACCAUCAACUUGGAAGUGCAAUAAACGCGAAAGUUAGCCAAAUAAAUGAAAACCACCGAGGCUUGGUUUAAGAUACAUAGUUACAGCAAAUUUAGUAAAUGAGCGGCAAGGAAACCAUUCUUCAGACUUCUUUGAUCUGUGUUUUGCAUCAUUAUCCCCAACUCUGCUGGGCCCCAGGCAAUUGUAAAUAAAAAAGCAGUAACACAUGCCUCCGAGUCAGGUUCUUUAGGCGGGUCUUUUCAGAGG